AUGAGCAGAUUAGCAAAUACAAUUGUUUUAUUCGAUGUUGAUGGAACAUUGACAAAACCAAGAAAUAAUAUCACCGAUACAUUCAAAGAGUAUCUACUUGCACUUAGAAAGAGAGUUUGUUUAGGUGUUGUUGGUGGUUCUGAUCUUGCAAAGAUCCUCGAACAACUCGGAGGUGAAAGUGCUAUUACCAACUUUGACUACUUAUUCUCAGAGAAUGGUUUAAACUCUUUCAAGGAUGGUAAACCAAUUCAUACUCAAUCAAUUAAAGAAUUCCUGGGAGAACAAAGAUUAAAGGAAUUUAUCAACUUUGUAUUACAUUAUAUCGCCGAUCUUGAAAUACCAAUCAAGAGAGGUACCUUUAUCGAAUUUAGAAAUGGAAUGAUCAACGUUUCACCAAUCGGUAGAAACUGCUCACAAGGUGAACGUGACGAUUUUGAAAAAUACGACAAGGAACACAAGAUUAGAGAAACUAUGAUCGCUGCGCUCAAGGAAAAGUUCCCAUCCAUCGGUCUUCAAUACUCGAUUGGUGGCCAAAUCUCAUUUGAUUGUUUCCCAAUUGGAUGGGACAAGACCUAUUGCUUGAAACUUUUACCAGAAUCUGAAUAUAAAACUAUUUAUUUCUUUGGUGAUAAGACUUACAAGGGUGGUAAUGAUUAUGAAAUUAGUAUUGAUCCAAGACUUACCAAAUCAUUUACUGUUACAUCACCAGAAGAUACUUUAAAGUUCUUAAAGGAAUUAUUCCCAUAA